UGCUUUACAGGAGAGGGGGGAAAAAAAAAGAGGAAGGUGAAAAGAGAAGUUGCCAUUUGCUGCUUAACUGAAGUUAGAACAUCUCUGGUUCACAGGGCAGGAGACCUGAUGCAGAAAUAGGGUGUAGUUGGCCAAUCAGCCCUUCUAACCUUGUUUUCCUUCCCACAGCCACCCUGCAAUGUUUGUCUCUGCCCUUUAGAGACAUGAAGGUCUUCUUGCCUGUUGCUUGCUCAUAAACCUACCCUACUAGAUAGGGCUUCUAUUUGCUGCCUUGCCUGAUGUGAUGGGGAAUCUUUCAUGUAACUUAGCUAGGCAGUGCCAGGGGACUCUGAGUGCUUCUAAAUUAUGAACCAGUAUUUUAUGCAAUUGCUAGGGCAAGUAAUGCCUCUUGAGGUGCAAAGCAUAGAGAAAGAGGGAAGGGUUAACUCAGAAAAGAAUCUUUUUAUUCUAUGAAUAGCUGCAGUGGUUCUAGUUGGGAGGAAAGCUUGUAAAAAUACUGAAAAAAACCCAGGUUAAGAAACUUCCUUAAAUUCUUAGUUUAGGUGUGUAUAGGUGAAACAACUGCCGUGUGUUAGGAUUAGGAGUCUAGAGUGCAGAUGUGCGGGGACAAAGACUGAAGGGCAAGAGCUCAAUGUUGUCAGUCUCCCUGAAUUUUUAAAGAGAAGUUACCAUGUAGCAUAUGCUGACACAUACAUCAUGAAUAACUUAGGGUGUGGACAGUGGAGAGGGCAGCCAGCUGUACCUUCUAAGCCAGCUGCAGCUAACUGAUAAGCUCUUCUAGAAGAGUUGUGCUAGGAGGAAGUAGCAGUAAUCAUAGUUUGUGGUUACAAGAUUAUGGGUCAUUGCUGGGAAGCUGGAAGGAUAAACAGCGGAUCAGCAUCCUUGGUAUUAAGAGAACACAACAAAACAGAAGUAGUCUUGAAAAAUCUCCAAGUUCGAAUUGCCACCAAGAUGUUCACUAAACAAUGAGUGACUCUUUCCAGUCAUACAGUGGCUUUCUCAUGUCAGUGUUAAGGUGUCCACUGUUAACUGGCAAAGCAGGAGAUGGCAGAAGGAAGCUUAGUUGUACCCUUCUGUCCUCCAAGUAAACCUUCAUGGCUGUGACCAGACCCUUUCUUACAGGCUGCUGUUGCCUUUGUGUCUGUCUGCAGUCCUAGUGGUGAGAAAGCAGAGCUCUUCCAUGGAACUGUGACACUUGUAGCAGCUGUCAAAGGAUCCAUACUAUAGAUUUAAUGACGUGAUGUACAGAUGGAUCUCACUGGAUAACUGGACUUACAGCAGGACAUUCAAAACUCCUUUUGACAUCAGAAAGUGGCAGAAAGUGAAUUUGGUUUUUGAGGGAGUAGAUACAGUAGCACAGAUCCUGAUCAACAAUAUCACUCUUGGGAGAACAGACAACAUGUUCAACAGAUAUAGCUUUGAUAUUACCAGCGUGAUCAAGGAGGUCAAUUUUGUUGAAGUCCGUUUCUUAUCAGCUGUUUCGUAUGCAGCAGAGCAGAGCAGAUGUCACAAAGCAUACAGCAUCCCCCCGGCGUGCCCUCCACCUGUGCAGAAAGGAGAGUGCCACGCUAAUUUCAUCAGAAAGGAGCAGUGUUCAUUUAGUUGGGACUGGGGCCCUUCUUUUCCCACUCAAGGAAUCUGGAAAGAUGUUAGAAUUGAGGCCUAUAACCAUUAUCACCUGAUUUACUUUUCUUUGACUUCUUUCUUUGUAAAGAGUGCUCAGCAGUGGAGUCUUGAAAUUGAGUCUAUUUUUGAUGUAGUCAGCUCCAAACCAAUUGCAGGUCUUGUGACUGUGAACAUUCCUAAAUUGCAAAUGCAGCAAACAUUCAGUGUGAAGCUUCAACCUGGAGAAGGCAGCAUUGUGCUGCUUGUAAACAUCAACAAGAGUUCUGCAGUGGAGGCUUGGUGGCCAAAUGGACAUGGAAAGCAAACUGGAUAUAACAUGACAACAACUUUCAUCAUGGAGGCAGGAUACCAGAUUGAGAAAUUUUCAAAGGCCUAUUUUCGGACAGUAGAACUUGUUCAGGAACCUAUUCCUGGCUCACCAGGUCUGAGUUUCUACUUCAAAAUCAAUGGCCGACCCAUUUUCCUUAAGGGCUCAAACUGGAUUCCAGCAGAUUCUUUCCAGGACAGAGUGACCUACGACACAUUAUGGCUACUCUUGAAGUCUGCAGCAGAUGCUAACAUGAAUGCUCUUCGGGUUUGGGGAGGAGGAGUAUAUGAACAAGAUGAAUUUUACAAUAUUUGCGAUGAAAUAGGAAUAAUGAUUUGGCAGGACUUUAUGUUUGCAUGUGCACUAUAUCCAACUGACCAGAAUUAUUUAGAAUCCGUAAGAGCAGAAGUUUCUCAUCAGGUAAGGCGUUUAAAAUCCCAUCCAUCAAUUAUUCUAUGGAGUGGUAACAAUGAAAACGAAGCAGCAAUUGCAAGCAACUGGUUCUCCAUACCUUAUGCUGACAGAGAAGUCUAUAUCAAAGACUACGUGUUGCUCUAUGUGAAGAAUAUCCGAGAAAUAGUUCUUACUGAAGAUAAGAGUCGUCCUUUUAUUGCAUCCAGUCCCACCAAUGGCUUGGAGUCAGUUAAAGAAGGUUGGCUCUCCCAGAAUCCUUAUGAUACCCAUUAUGGUGACACUCACUUUUAUGACUACAGCAAUGACUGCUGGAACUGGACAGUGUAUCCUAAAACUCGUUUUGCUUCAGAAUAUGGAUUUCAAUCCUGGCCUUCCUUCAGUACAAUCAAAAAGGUUUCCUCCACUGAGGACUGGUCCUACACAAGCAAUUUUUCUCUCCAUCGACAACACCAUGAAAAUGGCAAUGAUCAGAUGCUUCAACAGAUUGGUCAUCAUUUCAAGCUUCCCCAGAGCACAGAUCCCAUAAAGAAGUUCAAAGAUACGAUUUACCUCACUCAGGUGAUGCAGGCUCAGUGUAUAAAGACAGAAACUGAAUUCUAUCGUUUUAGUCAAAGUGAAAUAAUCAAGGGAGAGGGACACACAAUGGGAGCUCUGUACUGGCAACUCAAUGACAUUUGGCAAGCACCUUCGUGGGCUUCCUUGGAAUAUGGUGGCAAGUGGAAACUGCUCCAUUAUUUUGCCCAGAACUUCUUUGCACCACUGCUGCCUGUGGCCUAUGAAGACAAAGGUGUGUUGUACAUUUAUGGUGUCUCAGAUCUUCACGCGGACCGCAAGCUGACUUUGAGGGUCGUUGUACACGCCUGGAGUUCUUUGGAGCCAGUAUGCACCCUUGCCAAAGACGGUGUGACUGUUAAAGCACAAAGUGCUGUCCUCAUCUACAAGGAGUCCAUAAAUAACUUGCUGGAAAGAUGCAGAAACUGUACCAGGAAAAGCUGUGUUAUUACUUUUUGUCUUGUGGGAGAAGGUGGGCUCCAGAGUCCUAUGAACCAUCACUUCCUUUCAUCUCUAAAGGAUGCUGUAGGAUUAGAAAAGACCCAUCUUAGUGCCUCUGUAUCCCAACGAGAUGACGUUUAUAUAUUUGUUCUUCAGACCACUGCAAUUGCUCCUUUUGUUUCUCUGGAUGUAGGGCGUAUAAAAGGCAGAUUUAGUGAUAACGGUUUCCUCAUGACCGAAAAGAAGAAAGUGGUUGUGUUUUAUCCUUGGGAACCUACCAGUGUUGAAGAACUGGAAGAGUCACUAACCUUGACCUCUCUGGUGGACGUUGUCUGAGGAUGCUCCAUUUUCUUCUAGAUAAGGAGUGAAACAGGAGGAGGAAAAAAACUAGAAGAAUUUGACUAAAGUUGAAGUGAUGUACAAUUUUUGCUGACUGGAGAACAUACUGUCUAUUACUGUCUUGUGUGAAUUUUAACUGCUGGUUGAAUGUAAAGAUACCAAAAGAAAAGCUUGCAUAUAGUAUAUGUGGUGUAUUGAAAGUAAGGCUUUCUCAGGUAAUGGGAAAUAUAUAUUCCAUGUAUAAAAUGGGAGGGGUGAGUUGGUGCAAGAGAGCUAGUCUGAGUUCUCCAGUUCACAUGAGAUUGGAGUUGUGAAUUCAUCCUAACUAAGAGGCAACAUAAAUAUGCACCUCAAGACUAUGGUUGUAAAAAUGCAUAUUUUUCCAGUUGCACUAUGCUGUAAGUGGAAAUUCAUGUUAGGAUAACAGCAAGGUAUGCUGGGAGCAAGGGGAAAGGGCAGGAAGUGAAGCUGGGACCACCUCCACAGGUAUGCCUCCACUUGGAGUGGUUUGAUCUUAUCUGCACCCAAAUCAGAAGAGCACUACCCUUUCAGAUUUAUGGCUGUCACUCCAUCAGGUGUCCCGCCUGCCUCCUGCAAGGUAGGCUUCCAAACAGACAUGAACCCUGGGCUGUCUAGUCAGACAUCAGGCAGAUCUGUUCCCCCUUCUGAAAGGGGAAUUGAGUACGAGACUUGUUUUCUUCUCUCUUUUGAUGCAACAUGAGCAAUAACCUUGAGAGCUCUGCAUCUAGCUUUGACUAUUCUCAGAGUGCUGCAGUCACAAACCUUUUGCUGCUCUGUGGGAUCCUGCAUAAUGUGGCACAGUACGAGAUACGGCUGGCUGUGGGAAAAGGAACAGGGAGAAGAGUUGACCAAAGGUGCAAAGAGAAAGGAGGUGGUACAUAGAAGAAAUGGUCAUGUGAGAGGACCGCAGAGUUACAAGUGACUGGUUUUUUCUCUAGUAAAGGCAUAGGGCAGGGGCUGCUAUUCUCACUCAGACAUUGCUGCACAGCUGUUGUUACCCCCUGGCAUUCUUCAUGAGUGGCCCCAUGCUCCACACUGAUCCUUCUCUCUUUUUAGCAAAGGAAAACCUCAACAUCUUAAUUUUGCUUCUUUGUGCAUGGGUUCCCUGUAGAAGACAUUGUUGACUCCUGAUUAGAUCUGGUGGCACAUUGAACUCCUUAGUCCAUAAAAAGCAGUGGUGUUUCACCUUCUAUUCUGUUUCCGAGUAAGUUGUUUUUAAAAUGUUGAGGUUUCCCAUAGAAAUGUCAUCUCACUUUGGCAUUUGAUACAAAGAAAAUAAGUUUGCUUCAGCAUGGGGGGGCUGCUGUAGCCUGUGGAGCUGAAAGCCUUAGGGUUUGGCUGCCAGGAAUCCAGGCCACCGAGCCAUGCCACGGGCAGGUUGCUAAACAUUGGGCUUGUCUGUCAGAUGUGGUUUGAAAAGCAGCUGGGAUCUUGCUGGGGUUCCACAGUGAUCCUCUCACAGUCCAAGCAAUUAUUAAUUUUCUUGCUAAGCACCUAGCAGAAUCAGCACUUUACAAUAGAAGAUGUUUGAACAAGCUCUACUGGUGAUGUCCAUCUUCGUCGUAAAAGCACCACGUGGGUGAUGCUUGCUGGUGGUCCUGGGGGUCUGGAGCAUGUGUGGGGAGUGGCUGCAUGUUCCAUGGGUCAGUUAGAGAACUUGGAACUGGGGGUUGUUUUCUUUCAGUGAUCACAGUUUUAAUGGGCACAGAGAUGAGCACAUUGACUGAUGCUUGGUGAUCUCUGGUGCUUUUUUAAUUGGGCAUUAACCAAAACUGACAUAAUCCUGAGCAAGAGGAAAAACUUAAAGAUGAAAUGAAAAUGAUAAAUGGAAGUUGCUUACAAAUGCUUUAUUAGGUCACCAAAACAACUAACUGCAGUUGCGUAGGAGGGCUUUUCUGAUUCAAAACUUGUCCUAGUUGAAAGAAAACAUGAAAGCAAUCAAAAUAUGUAUGUGUAUGUGCCAAUGUUUAUAGGUUAUGGAAAAUAAAUAGGGAACAUUAUAGUCAUGAAUAAAACUUAACAGUUAGAAAAUGCAGACAUUGAUAAAGGAAUUCAAAAGUUAUCUGAGAGGCAUCCUGGGCCAACAAUACAAUAAAAAUCCUUCAAUUUUUCAGUGUCCUGGAAUCAAAGUGGAAUCAAAGCAGCAGUAGAGUCAAUAUAAGGGAAGGAUGAAAAAAUGUGAAGAAAAUAUGGAAUAAAUAUGAUUAAUAAAUAUUGCUGCAGUGUAUUAGGAAAAGGGCAGGUCUCUUACAUUGAUACAGAAAUGUCUCUUCCAGUAACAUCUAGAUAAAAUUUCAAAAUGGCACUUAAUAGUGUUAAAUAAAUAAAUAAAACUUUGACAGAAUUACUUGUUUCAAAGACAAUCAAGAGGACUAUCUGAAGGUCAAUGAUAUUUAUUCUUCGUGCGUCUCAGAAUAUGAGUGAAGUUUCAGAGAUGUAGAAAAGAGCUUUUGGAUUGCUAGAAGCCAUAAACCAUGAAUUUGGAUAACUGUAACCUUGUUUACCCUGGUGUGAAUUUUAGGCAAAAUCAUGAAUAAAAUGAGGUGGUACAUGAUCAGUAAUUGAUGAAGUGGCUAUGCAACUAAUGCCUAUCAAUCAGCACUGUUAUGCAGAAGAGCAUUCUUCUAUAAAUUUUUUUUUUUUUGCUGUUGCUUUCUGCAGUUACCAAAUUGGCAUAAAAACGUUCAGACAAUUUUUAAAUUAUUGUUAUUUUUGAAGGUCAGAAGCUCCCUAAAGAGUGGGUCCAUUCUUUCACACUGGAAAGCUUUAAUUCAGCACUAGGUGCUGUUAUGAAAAAUUAGCAAUUGCUUAAGCCAAAUGCUUGAGCUCAAAACAGAAUUUAAUGGGGGAGGUUCACUUCCAUUAUUGUCUUAAUAUCCUUAGUACGUUCUUUUGGUUUCCUGGUGUUGUAGUAGGUAUGUAUUUAUAGAUGCUAUUUUCUUCUGUCCCCCAUGCAGCAGCGGCUGUAACAUGUACCUUGGUUAACCAUUUCCCCUUGGUACUUUUGCUGUUGCAUACUAUGUUAUACUUGGUUACAUUGUUCUGCCUUUGUCUCCGAUCAGGGCAAAGAUAGGAAUGCAACAGUGAAGAGAUCUUCAGAGUUAUCCAUCACUCCUAUCGACACACCUAUCUGUAGCCAUCUGAGUGUUGUUGCAGCUACUUGGCAGCACCUGUAUUGCCAGUUGUACCUGAUGGGCUCGGGAUCAGCAGCAGGAGCAUUAGGAAGAGCAUUUGCUGUAGGAAUCUUUUGAAGCCCCCAGAUGUUCAGACCACGCCUUUGGCAGUUACUCCAGAACUGCUCUACUGUAAGAGACAAUUGUGUGCUCCAGAAGGGCAGAAAGCUGUGGAUGAGGGAGGAAAAAAAAAAAAGGACCAAAGCCUCUGUUGUUAAAUAGACUGAAACCGAGAUGCUGCAAGGAAAGAAGCUGCCAGACUGUCAUUUAAAGCACUUGAAUACACAGGGCCUAGGGGAGAUGGCCUGCUGUUCAUUGCAUGAUCACUAACCUGAUGAAUUGCUAUUAUGCAGCAUUUGGUCAUGAAGUGCUUAAGGAAAUACAGACCCAGGUGUCUUCUGGUGGUUUAAAAGCAGAGCUGGUCAGAAAUAAGGCUAAAAGGUGUGAAUCAGCAGCCAGGACACCCUGGUGACCUGCAGGAUUGUAGAAACCUCAUAAAAGUUUCUGCCAGCCCCAGCUGGAAAUUCUGUGGCAGCAGAAGGUGCAUUUAACUUGCACAGCAGCUCUGCUAGGGCUCAAAAACCUCCUCCACCUGCAGAAUAUGAGAACCUUUGCUUGUUUCUGUUACAGCUGGAAUGCAAAGAGAACACUGGACAGGAGUGACACCCAGGUUACUGAAGACUGAGCUGAGCCAAGAACACCACUGUCAAUCUCCAUCUUUGUGCCAAGAAAACUGGCUACAAGGGAAUGACAAUGGUUUAUUUCUGAGCCAAAUAAAUACUUGAACGAUUUUCAUCUAGUAAGUGAGCCUGAAAUACAAAGAAGUCAGCAGCAGCUAUCUUCUAUGCAAGAUCCACAAAAGGAGAGCCUGACUGCAAGAGAACAGUAUCUGAGUUGAAGGCCUAGCAAAUGUCUAUGAUGAGAAAAGUCGUGCUGCAGUAAAAUAUUUCUGAAACAGGUAUGCAGCUCAGGCAUUUUGUGUAAGAAACUAUGCAACCUAUCAGCAGUCCAAGGCCGGGGGCGGGGCAGGUACUGAAAAAAACAUCUGAAGUAAAGCUCUUGAUGUUUCGCUGUCAAUUUUACCUGUCUCUCCAUUUGCAAAGGUGGGUGGUGAUGACAAUGGAAGAGCUUUUGCAGUAUAGUCCUCCAGGUGAGGUGGGCUUUGUGAGAUGGCUAGUGCUUUCUGUAUGAUUUCAAUGGCUUCUGUGUGAUCCAUCUGUCUCAAAGCAGCAAUCAACUCUUGAACUGUACCACCAGAAACCUAAGAGAGAAGACACCAGAUACUUACCAUCAUCCAGGCUGGCUAAAAAGGAAGGGCUACACUGUCUCACCAUGCAGGAGGACAAUGUUCUCUCUAUGUUUGAGCGUUCUUUGUAACUUGUUACAGCCACAUUACCUCAUAGUUAUCUAGCAGAGUUUUCGAUGGGGAAGGGCUCAGCCUGAAGGCAUUAUUAAGUAUGCCAAGACCCAGUUUUUGUGCUAGAGUGGACCAGUUUUUCUUUGGAUCGGGCAAUUCCAAUAGUUUGUAAAGCUGCAUCUUGGAACUUUCAUUCAGCUCUCUCAAAUGUCCUGGGAACAGAGAAAUAUGUUAGUUUAUUAUUUAUACAAAUCAUGCACCAGUUCGUUUCUAAGCAGAAACAAAGCCAAAUUAAGGAGUAUUUUAGUGUCCAUCAAUCCCAGUGUUUACUAAUGUAUUGCUAUAAUAUUGAAAAUGAACUCCUUUGUGUCCUUGUGACCUACCCUUAACAGAAUCAUGCUCAUUCUAUGAAUGAGUAGGUGGGAGGGUACCUCUUCUGCCUCCCCAUUUCAGUUACAAGCUAUUGCAGGGCAAUGUCUUCUGCAAGUACACGUUUAGUACUCAGUCACUAGAGGGAUAUCGUCAAGUCGUCUUUAUAGAUGUUACCUUGUGUCAGUAAGUCCUCCGAAACCGCUGCUGACUCGUAGGGUUUGCCGUUUAAUAUGUCAUACACCUAAGAGAAUACAUUAAAGUCAGUAUUUAUUUAGCAGAAACCUGGUUAGUGCCCAUUAUCUUGACAAUUCUCAGUAGUAUUGUGUAAAGCCUAAUGCCAUCUGUAAAUUUUUUCUGUCCCAGGAUCAGUAUGACAAAAGAUACUGUAGAAGACCUGUGCAAAGCUUGAGGGAGAAAUCUUGAGAAGCUGAUCUCCAUUGCCCUUUACCUAUGUCAUCUGGCAACUGUUUUCAAGAUACAGAGGAAGUCUUUGCACCUUCUAACCUGAAUCGUCACUGUGAAAGAAAACUCUGCAGCAAAUAUCUAUUUUCAUACCUGCUGCUUUGAGAACUGCUGCCAAUUUUGUAGAGCCCCUUCCAGCUGCUAUGUGAAGAGGAGUUGUCCCAUCAUAUGUAGUGCUGUCCACAUCUGCAUCACCCUAAGUUUUUAUUGAACGACAAAAAGAAAAGUACUACUCAUCUAUACAAUACAGCUGCAGAAACUCAUGUCUGCAUAAACAUCGCUACUGUGCAAAUAAGCACCAUUCCAUGCCUGUUUGGGUAAAAACUCUAAUCAUUGUCUGAAAAGAAGGAAUGAGAAAGUAACUACAACCGUCUGCACGCAGGAACAGAUGGUGGUUGUGUGCUCCAGUGUUACAGCAGGAGGCACAGCAUAUAAAGCCAAAUAGGUCAGGUAGAUAAAAGCCACUUUGCAUCCCAUGUAGUAGCUCUGCCAUCCGAUUACCCGCAGCAUUUGGCGCCUGAACUGGCGUGCACAGAAAUCUGCCUUCCUGGUGCUCUUCAGGAGAGCAGGUAGGCUAGUGGCACAUUUGUACACAGAUACCAAGGAAAGCUACUGCAGCCAGCUUGGUACGCAGAGUUAAGCACGCUAGGAUCAAGGCGUUAAAAAGAUGAGACAAAUAUUUAUACACAACCAUCUCUCCAUGCACAUCUGUAUACACAUUCCACUUCACACAGAUGAAAUGAUUAACUUGUUCAAGAGUAGUUUCACUGGCUGCCGGGAUUACUUGGUGCAAAUUAAACACGGCAUAUGUGGUCAGGUCAGGGUCACAAACUAUUUAAUUCCUCAACUUGGGCAAAAGACACGCCAGCACUGCUAAACAAGUAAUAAUGAGUAACAUUAGCAAUAAUUUUGCCAUUUUACCAAUUUAAGUAAACAAGUCAAUACACAGGAAAAAACCCUUACUUCUUUCUGUUCCUCUAAAGCACUUGAGGAUUUCCAAGAGGUUUUAAAUAUGUAAGUGAAAAGACCUGAGA